AUGCCAGAAUUUGCACCAUUGAAGAAUGACUUGAUACUUAGAGCAGCUAAGGGUGAGAAAGUUGAAAGACCACCCAUCUGGAUCAUGAGACAAGCCGGCCGUUAUCUACCAGAGUAUCAUGAAGUUAAAGGUAAAAGAGAUUUUUUUGAAACUUGUCAGGAUGCAGAAAUUGCAUCAGCUAUCACAAUUCAACCAGUAGAUCAUUUUGAUGGGUUGAUAGAUGCAGCCAUCAUUUUCAGCGACAUUUUGGUCAUUCCUCAAGCAAUGGGAUUUGAAAUAAAUAUGAUUGAAGGGAAAGGUCCAGUCUUUGCUGCUCCAUUAAGAACACCAGAAGAUUUAUCAAGAAUAGAUUUGAAACCAGAUGUCAAGACCAAAUUGGCAUGGGCAUACAAGGCAAUCACAUUGACAAGAACCAAAUUGAAUGGCAGAGUACCACUUUUGGGAUUUGUUGGUGCACCUUGGACUUUAUUGGUUUACAUGACCGAGGGCCAAGGAUCCAAAAUGUUCAGAUUUGCUAAAGAGUGGAUUUUCAAGUACCCACAAGCCGCACACAAACUUUUACAAGCUACUUGUGAUGCCUGUAUUGAAUUCUUAGCUCAACAAAUUGUUGCCGGUGCUCAAAUGGUACAGAUUUUUGAAUCAUGGGCAGGUGAGUUAGGUCCAGAUGAUUUUAAUGAGUUUUCUUUACCGUACUUGAAGCAAAUUGCUGCUAAAUUGCCGCCCAGAUUGAAAGAAUUGGGUAUAGAGGAACACAUUCCAAUGACUGUUUUUGCCAAAGGAGCAUGGUACGCUUUAGAUAGUUUAUGUGAUUCUGGCUACGAUUGUGUGUCACUUGAUUGGCUCUACAAACCAGAAGAUGCCGUUGAAGUUGUUAAUGGAAGAAGAAUCACUUUACAAGGUAACUUAGACCCAGGUGUCAUGUAUGGAUCCGACGAAGUAAUCGCCAAGAAAGUUAAAACAAUGUUAGAAGGGUUUGGUAAACAAAAUUACAUUAUUAAUUUUGGACAUGGUACUCAUCCAUUUAUGGAUCCAAAAAAAAUCGAAUUCUUUUUGCAACAAUGUCAUAAAGUCGGUGAGUCAUUAUAA